AUUGAGAGUUGAAAUCUCAAAAUUUUCAUUCUCUGUUCUGCUCUCUCUGCUUCAACGAUGGCUGCUGCUUCUUAUUCUUCUCAGUGGAGUUAUGAUGUGUUUCUGAGUUUUAGGGGAGAAGACACCCGCAAUAACUUCACUGCCCAUCUCUAUGACGCCUUGUGCCGGAGAGGAAUCAACACUUUCAUCGAUGAUGACAAGCUUGGAAGAGGUGAAGCCAUAUCUCCAGCUCUUUUUAAAGCGAUUGAGAGGUCAAUGCAUUCUAUUAUUGUUUUGUCGGAAAAUUAUGCAUCUUCUAGGUGGUGCUUGGAGGAGUUGGUGAAAAUAGUAGAGUGCAAGAAAAGCAGGGGACAGAGGGUUCUCCCAAUUUUCUACAACGUGGAUCCAUCAGAUGUUCGGAAACAGAGGGGUAAAAUUGGAGAAGCACUGGCUAAGCAUCAAGAGAACUUGGAGAAUUUGGAGAGGGAGAAGGUUUGGAGGGAGGCUCUCACUCAAGUUUCAAAUUUAUCCGGCUGGGAAUCCCGGAAUAAGAAUGAGUCAAUGCUCAUUAAAGAGAUCAUCACCAAUGUUUCAAACGAAUUGUUUAGAAUGUAUUCAAGUGAUGAAAAAAAUCUAGUUGGAAUAUUUCCUCGCAUAAAAGAAGUAGAAUCCCUGCUUUGUUUUGAGUCAUCUGAUGUUCGCAUAGUAGGAAUUUGGGGCAUGGCUGGCAUUGGUAAAACAACACUCGCUAAUGUUGUUUAUAAGAAAGUCUGUCAUCAAUUUGAAAGUUCUGCAUUUGUUCAAAAUGUUGGCGAAGACUUCAAAAAACAAGGUUUAAUUGGCUUUCAACAAAAACUUCUUUCUUUAUUAGUGGAUGAUGGAAAGUUGAAUAUAAGAGGAUGCACUUCUAUUCAAGCAAGGCUUUGUUCCAAAAAGGUUUUUAUUGUGCUUGAUGAUGUGAAAGAUCAGGCGGUACUAGAAUACUUAACUGAAAAUCAAGAUUCAUUUGGGCAAGGAAGUAGAAUCAUUGUCACGACAAAGGAUAAACAAUUGUUAACUUCAAAUUUAGUGAACUACUAUGAGAUCAGAAAAUUAAAUGAUGAUGAAGCCAUGAAGGUCCUUUGCCAUUAUUCCUCAAAACAUCAACUUCCAGAUUAUGAUUGUAUGGAGCUCUCAAGAAGAGUAACUACUUAUGCUCAAGGCCUUCCUUUAGCUCUCAAAAUUUUAGGCUCAUUUUUAUUCGGUAUGGAGAGACAUGAGUGGAAAAGUUAUUUGGAGAAGCUAAAAGACACUCCUAAUCCAAAGAUCAACCAAGUACUUCGAUUAAGUUAUGAUGAACUAGAUCAUAAAGUGAAGGAUAUGUUUCUUGAUAUUGUAUGUUUUUUCAAGGGAGAGGAUAAAGAUUAUGUAGAGGACAUAUUUGAGGGUUGUGGCUUCUUCCCUUCUUCUGGAAUAAGAACUCUUCUUGACAAAUCUUUCCUAACUAUUUCCAAUAACAAGCUCCAAAUGCAUGAUUUAAUACAACAUAUGGGUAUGGAAGUUAUUCGCGAAAAAUCCCCCAAGGAUCCUGGAAAAUGGAGCAGGUUGUGGUCGCAUAAGGAUGUCUCCCAUGUAUUGAAAAAGAAUACGGGAACAGAAGAAGUUGAAGGCAUAUUCCUUGACUUGUCAAAUUUGCAAGAGAUACACUUUACCUCGAAAGGAUUUGAAAGGAUGAACAAACUUAGGCUGCUCAAAGUCUACAAAUCUCACAUUUGCAAAGACUCUGAAUGCCCUUUCAAAAUGGAGCAAUGUGAAGUGCACUUUUCUCAGAACUUUAAAUUUCAUUCUGAUGAUUUGAGAUCCUUAUAUUGGCAUGGAUACUCUUUGAAAUCAUUGCCACAUGAUUUUAACCCAGAGAAUCUAGUUGAACUUAACAUGCCUUAUACCCACAUCGAACAACUUUGGAAAGGAAUUAAGGAUCUUGAGAAAUUAAAAUUCAUGGAACUCAGUCACUCUGAAUGCCUCGUGGAAAUCCCUGAUUUAGAAAGGGCUAGCAAUCUUGAAAGGUUGGUCCUUGAAGGUUGUACUAAAUUGAGUUCAGUUCACCCAUCCCUUUCAGUUCUUAAGAAACUAGUUUUCUUGAGUUUAAGAGACUGUAUAAAACUUAGGGAUUUUCCAGAGAGUAUUGAGUUAGAAUCUCUUCAAAUCCUUAUCCUUUCUGGUUGCUCAAAACUUAAGAAGUUUCCUGAGAUCAAAGGGUAUAUGAAACGUUUAUCAGAGCUCUUUUUAGAUGGGACAGCUAUAGAAGAACUACCCUCAUCAAUUGAGUAUGCUACCGGGCUUGUUAUAUUGGAUCUAACAAACUGCAAAAUGCUCAGAAGUCUUCCAAAUGGUAUCUGUAAUUUGAAAUCUCUUGAAACCCUACUACUUUCUGAUUGCUCAAAGCUUGAAAGUUUGCCACAGAAUUUUGGGAAAUUAAAACGGUUAAGGAAGCUUUAUGCAGACCGAAUUCCUAUAAGAGCUUUGCCUACCUCCUUUGCUGAUUUGAGAAACCUUCAAGUAUUAUCUUUUCAUGGAUGUAAAGGACUGAAUUCCCCUGAUUUCUUCUUGCCUCCUUUGUCAGCUUUAGGCUUCUUAAAAGACCUAAAUUUGAGUGACUGCAAUAUAAUGGAUGGGUCACAAUUGAGUAGCCUUAGCCUCUUGUUGUCAUUGAAGAAGUUAAAUUUAAGUGGGAACAAAUUUGCUAGUCUGCCUUCAAGCAUCAGUCAAUUUCCUCAGCUGACAGUACUUAAGUUGCUAAACUGCAGGAGGCUUGGGGCCUUACCGGAGCUUCCAUCAAGCGUAGAAGUAAUAAAUGCACAUAAUUGCAUAUCAUUGGAGACAAUCUCAAAUCAAAGUCAUUACACAGGGCUUAGGCAUGCUAUAUUUACCAAUUGUUUCAAAAUGAAGGAGCAUCAAAGGAACAUGGAAUCUAGUUUUGGGACUGUGGUAGCUAAUAUUCACCAAUUUGGAUCGAGAUCCAGCUAUCCUCAGGAUCAUGGAAGGCCCCUUCUAUUCAGGAUUUUAAUCCCUGGAAGUGGAAUACCGGAUUGGUUCAGCCAUCAGAACAAGGGGUGGAUAGUUAGAAAGUCACCUCCAAAGAAUUGGAAAAAUAGUAACUUUCUGGGUUUUGCUCUUUGUGCUGUCCUUCGUCUCAAGGAUCUGAUCCAUCAAGAGAUGCAUUAUUUAACAUAUGGCAUUUCCAGUGAUGGAACACAUGUGCCUUCCAUGAGAGAUUUCAUCCCUCACCGUUUUGAAAAUGGAUUAAUUGAGUCAGAUCAUAUAUGGAUGGCAUAUGCGCCUGCACCAUGCAAGAGCUGGGAUGACUCAGAGGCUAUUAUCGUUUCAUUUAUGAUAUCUGGUUCUCGCAACACAGUGAAGAGUUGUGGGUUUCGGCUAGUGUACGCUGAAGAUGUUAGAGACAACAAUGCAACAAUGAUCCAACACAUCUCUCCUCCUCAACAUUCAAGUGUUAUCCUUGAAGAACUUGACCACUCAAUUCCUGAAGAUGGCAAAGCCGGGAGUAGCCUUGACCCUAGGGAACCCAGUGGAAGUGGCUGCUCCUACACAAGCUUAGAAUUACAGAAUGAAGAUGAGUACCACACUGCUGACGAUCUCAGUAGCAGUGACUACUCGAAUGAGGACUUGGAAUCAAAGAGUAUUGAUUACUGCUACACUCAUGAAGAGGACCAAGCUCUAGCAGAAUGUACAGCACGCAUGCAGGAACAGUGGAUGAGGGCAAAUGCAGUGGCAAUGACACACACACCUGCAACAGAGCACAGGAAGAAGAGAGCAAAAAUCUUGAAAUGA